UUUGUUGUUUGGCAAAGUGGGUGGGUAGGAUAUGAUAUUUUGGUCCUUGAUCGAAUCACAAGGAUAGGAAUGGAAUCAGAAGAAGUGAUGAGCGAGGUGCACCUGGGUUGCCCAGCCGGUUUCUCCGGACCCUAUAUUUCCCUUUUCUCUUUCUCUACGAAUCUCCAAUUCGACCAAGAUGGCGACCUUCUUCUCCCUCGACGACGCACCGCUAUGUUCGAAGCAAACGCACAACAUUCAUUUAGUGUCAGAAUCCAGCAUAACAUCACUUCGUCAAUUCCAAAUGUUGGUCUCCAGGUUUGGAGAGCUGAACUAUUAUUAUCUGAUUUUAUAUUGCAUAAAGCAUCUUCUUCCUCUCAACUUCAUCAAGUUAUUGCAUUAGAACUUGGCGCUGGAACUGGCUUGGUGGGUUUAUUACUUGCACGUGUUGCAAAUGCAGUGUUCCUAACAGACCAUGGGACUGAAAUACUUGACAACUGUGCAAAGAACGUUCAGCUUAAUUUUGGAUUAUUGAAUUAUCAAGCCAAAAUUUAUGUACGUGAACUUGAUUGGUUCGGUUGCUGGCCUCCUAAAGCAAAAACAGGAGAGGCUCCUUCCACACAAAAGUAUUCUUGGACUUCCAGAGAAAUUGAAGAUGCAGAAAAUGCUUCUUUGCUGGUGGCUGCUGAUGUUAUUUAUAGUGAUGAGCUGACUGAUGCAUUUUUCAGUACCUUAGAGAGAUUAAUGUCAAGGGGUUCCACAAAGGUGUUAUACAUGGCACUGGAAAAGCGCUACAACUUUUCUCUUUCUGACCUUGAUGUUGUUGCAAAUGGAUAUUCACAUUUUCGAAGCUAUCUCAGGGAUGAGGAUGAAAUUGAAAGCCUCGAGUCUGUAAGCAUGCCUAAUUUUGUGGGGAAGCAGAUGGACAUCUCUCAAAUUCCACAGUAUGUUGGAGAAUAUGAUAGAGGACGCGACGUUGAGAUUUGGCAGAUCAAGUACUUAGGAUCAAAAUCAUGAAGCCUCAGUGACCCGGAUUAAAACUUGAAGGGUCUUGCUUGGAGCAUUGGAUAAACGAAUUAUAGAUUUUAUUAUUGAAAUACAUUGGAAAACACGGCACAGGUACAUUUAUAAUCUUAUAACAGUUUUUUUUAAUCAAAACAUCUCACAUUUAAUUGUUUAACUGAUAAAUUGGAUGGUUUUUUAACUUCUGAAAAGGGAGAAAGGAAGAUUAGGAAUAUUGGAGGAUUUUUUUUUGGUGAAUGAGAAUGUUGGAGGAAAUUAGGAAAGAUUAUUUGGAAAAUAAUAUCCAUGAAAAUUUGGUCUUUGGUCUUUAA